AUAUGCCACUGCAUUAGCCGAUCGGACUGUGCCAUAGGGACAUUCAAGUCAGUUGGUUCAACCUCUAGGCGGUCGAGCCAGGCUUGAACUCGGGUAUAUUCAAGUGGCUUUCAUGGAAUUGGUAGGGGAAGUUCCAAUAAAUCGGUUCCAAAACGGCUACAUGAUCAGCCAAACAAACGAGCCAGGGGGGCUUGAUCCACACCCGAGCGACGCGGUCGUGGUUAGGGAAGCGCUCGAGCAGGGAGACACAAAUUACAAGGUACUGGUGGAGAUCUUUGUUUGGCGUAAAUCGAGUCAAAUUCUACUCAUGAAACAGGAUUAUGGGGCCAGAUUUAGAAGGCAGAUGGACCAAGAUAUUAUCAAUAUCGAGCCUCCUCACCCCUACCAAAAGAUACUAGUAGCAUUGAUGGCAUCCCACAAGGCACACCAUGCGGAUGUUAGCCAACAUAUAGCCAAGUGUGAUGCCAGGAGGCUGUAUGAAGCAGGAGUUGGAAGAUCAGGAGGCAUUGAAGAAGCUGCUGUGCUGGAGAUACUCAGCAAAAGGAGCAUACCACAGCUAAAGCUUACAUUUUCUUGCUAUAAACAUAUAUAUGGACAUGAUUACACCAAGUUACUCAAGAAAGAAAACUCAGGGGAAUUUGAAGAUGCAUUCAAAAGCGUCGUAAAGUGCAUGUGCAGUCCAGCUAAAUACUAUGCAAAGACGUUGCACUCCAGCAUAAAGGGGUCGGCCACUGAUAAGGGCGCCUUGGCAUGGAUGAUGGCGAGCAGGGCUGGAGUAGAUGUGGAUGAAAUUGUGAGGGUGUUCAGGAAGAAAUAUGGGAUGGAGCUGAGAGAGGCCAUAUGUGAGAGCAUUCCAUCUGUGGAUCUCAGAGACUGACUUGUUGCCUUGGCCUCAAAAACUACUAUUAGUUCCACAGUUGAGUAGGGGAGAGUCAUUUCAACUGGCUGUUGUUCUUCUUCCUACUAAUGAAAGUAGUUCGUAGUUUAUUAAAAUUUAAUAUAGAUGUUAAUACAUUAGUUUGGGUUGAUAAUUUUGUUUCAAA